AUGGCUUCGGGUCAGCAGCCUCAGUCCCGUCGGGUCGGGGAGCACUGGAGCGGUGCUAAUCCUAUUCCAACCAUCUCUCACUUCAUGGAACAUAUCGACGACCAAAAGAAGGAACGCGAUGUCAAGAUCGAUGAGGAAAACAGAGCCAAAAAGGAACAGGCAGCACAGAAAAAAGCGCAGGGACAAGCAGGAAAGAAGCAGGAGAAGCAGGAGAAGCCAGAGGAAAAAGAUGGAGAGGCUGUUACUCAUCAGCCACGCGACGUCUCGCAGGCCAAGAUCCGCACGGUAACAGACCCAACCACGGGCAAGGAGAUUGGAGUUGAAGAUCAAGACGAGACAGCCAUGGACGCUGUCAAGAAUCCAAUGUUGACCGUUCCAAAUGCAAAUCUUGGAAAAGAGACAGACGUCCAAACUAGCGCCAACCAAGAUCUUGGAGACUACAAAGAAAGCCAGGAUGUCACUGCGCCCCCAGAUCCUAUCGCCGAGGGCACAACCUCCGACGUUCCCAUUCGAGGAGAGAAGACGAAUGUCCUCUUCCACCCCACACCAACUGUUUCAUAUCAGCCCAUGUUUAAGGCUUUGGAGAAACGUGCGACAGCAUUGUGUAUUGGUAUACUCGUCGCCGUUAUUGUACUGGGACGAACAUUUGGAGGAUCUCUCUGGGGGCUUAUUCCCCUGGCCUUCUGCAUCUCGAGUGCCGUAUGGUUGUGGGCUCAGGAAGUGAUUCGUAGUGGUCGCGAAGUGGAGUGGAGUAGUGAGCAUAUCCGAGGACAGAUGGCCACUGCCAACCUCCUCCCUGAAUCCGUGGAGUGGAUGAACAGCUUUCUCGCUGUCCUGUGGGGCCUCGUUAAUCCGGAGAUGCUUACACCUGUGGCCGACACAAUUGAGGAUAUCAUGCAAGUAUCUGCACCUAAGGUUGUCGAGAAUGUUAGAAUCGCCGAAAUCAGCCAGGGUAACAACCCCCUUCGGAUUCUGAGCAUGCGAGCUCUACCCGACGAGCACGUGCAGGACUUGAAGGACAAUGUUCACGAGGAGAACAUGAAGAACAAGGACCCGCAGGAAGCUGCUGCUGCUGAAGAAGGUGGAAGCUAUUAUAAUAUGGAAGCCGCCUUUGCCUAUCAUGCAAAGCCAACAGAUCAGACUGCGUCUUCCAAGGCACGCAACAUGCACAUGCAACUUGUUUUCUAUCUUGGUGUUCGAGGCCUGUUCGGUGUGCCAUUCCCCGUAUUCGUCGAGCUGAUCGAAUUUGUUGGAACAGUCCGCAUGCGCUUCCAAAUGAUGCCUGAAGCACCGUUUAUGAAGGACGUGACUUUUACUUUGGUCGGAAUUCCUCAUGUUAAGGCGGGUUGCAUGCCAAUGGUCCGAAAGGGAGUGAACAUUUUGAAUCUACCAUUGAUCUCCAACUUUGUCAACUCCGCCAUCGCCACAGCAUGUGGCAUGUUCGCAGCGCCCAAGUCAAUGACCAUGGACCUUGGUAUGAUGCUGACAGGAGACGACAUUCACAAAGACACAUUAGCCCUGGGUGUUAUGUGGAUCCGUAUUCACCGUGCAGUCGGCUUGAGUAAACAGGACGCUCGCGGUAGCGAGGGUGGCGGCAGCGAUCCGUACAUCAACCUAUCCUUCUCAAAGUACGGCAAGCCCAUGUACUGCACACGUGUGAUUACGGAUGACCUCAACCCCAUUUGGGAAGAGACUGCUGCUCUUCUCGUGACACCAGAAUUGAUCAAGGCCGACGAAAACCUGAGUAUUGAGCUCUGGGAUUCUGACCGCAAUACUGCCGAUGAUAUAGUCGGCAAGGUCGAGAUACCCAUCCGCGAAAUGCUCCAGCACCCCAGCCGGAUGUAUCCCCAGGUUUCAAAACUUAAGGGCAUGGAUGAAGGCAGCGAGAUGCCGGGAGAGCUACACUGGGAAGUUGGGUACUUCGGAAAGCCCAAACUCCGUCCAGAGCUACGCACCGAUGGCAAGAAGAAAGACCUUCCUGAGAACUUCAAGGGCAAUCCCACCUUCGAAGAUGAGAAGGGUAACAUCAACAACGACGAGGAGGAUGCCGUGGUCCACACUCCGCCUGACCCUAUUUGGCCUAGCGGUAUCGUUCACAUCGUUGUUCACCAAAUUGUCAACCUCCAAAUUUCCAACAUCAAGGGUAGUGACGGAAACCGGAAGGGCAAGGAGUGGGAACCAGCGAAGGCAUCAGGCGAGAACACAGAGGAGCAGGGAGACGAUUUGCCAACCAGUUACUGCAAGGUGUUGCUGAAUGACCAACUGGUAUAUCGCACUCGUGCAAAGGCUGUCAGCUCCAAUCCUAUCUUCAAUGCAGGGACUGAACGUUUUGUACGCGAUUGGCGCUCGGCUAUCGUUACCAUCACCGUGCGAGAUCAGCGCUACCGUGAACACGACCCUAUCCUUGGCGUCGUUCCCCUCAAGCUGUCCGAUAUCCUCCAGACUAGCUCGCAGGUUACUCGCUGGUAUCCUCUCGAUGGAGGUAUUGGCUUCGGUCGCAUCCGUGUUUCCCUCCUGUUCCGCCACGUGGAGACCAAGCUGCCACCUCAAAUGCUUGGCUGGGACGUCGGCACCUUCGAAUUCGCCGGACAGCAGAUCACCGCGAAGAACUUUGGUCGACAGGCGAAGAUCAGGUUGCGCACUGGUGGCAGCACUGGCAAGCUCACCCGGCACCACUGCCAGUUGCAGGGAGAUGAUGCAGUAUACGACACAUCUGACGAAUCCUUCCGCGAAUCACUGCGCAUGCCCGUGAAGCACCGAUACCGCUCUCCCGUUGUAUUCGAAUUCCACACCCAGGGCAAGCGAGGAGCAGCAGCUUAUGCUACGUUGUGGCUCCAGCAUCUGGUCGAUAAUGAAGAGACGGAUAUCGACAUUCCCAUUUGGACAACCAAGAUGGGUACCCGUUUGACACAGAACUACAUUACCGAGGAGAACUGGAAAGCCAAGGAGACACCUGGACUGGAGGAUCUGAAAGAGGUGGGCCGCUUGCAAUUCCGCUGCAAGUUCUCGCCGGGUAUUGACGAGUCACACGAGCGGUUCGUCGUUGACAACGACUCCCGUGAGACCUUCGAGACCUGGGAAGCGUGCAUGUCACAGGGCGUCCGCUCCCGCACUGUGGACAUCGAAGUCCCCGAAGAGGUGCAGGAAAAGCACGACAAGUCCUUGAUCGAUGGACGCGAUGUCUUGAAACAAGCCUCACCCGCUGAGCGUCGCAAGUGGGUCGACCGCACGGGCCACGACUGGAGCGGUGCCUUCGGCCAUGACCCGCGUGCCUACGUAGAUUCCAGUGGUCGCAAGGUCGCCGAGCCCGGCCGAGAUGAUCCUCGGCAUGACCCGUACACUCCGCCCCCGCUGAGUAGUCAACCUUCGACUACGCCCAAACUGGAAAACGAACACAAUGGAGAGGAAGAUGAGGAUACUUCCGACUCAGAGAAUGAGGACUCCAGCUCCUUGUCUGCGGGGCCCUCGACAGUCACCAGCAGCGAUAGAUCUGGGCCUUCAUCGCAGGCUAGCAUGUCCACCAGCGAGAUCAACAAGGCCAAUAAACGCAGCGAGCAGCGACAGCAGCGUGGUAUGAUGCAGUGGCGUCCUGCUCGGAAUGCUGCUUUUGCGAAGGAUGAGGCCAAAUUUGCGCUUCGGAAGAUGAAGAAGAAGAUCGGAAUGGGUGAUCUCACUGGUCGUGAGCCGGAUGUCGAGACUGAGACUUAA